AUGGAGUACGUUGAAAGUGAAGAGUUUGUUAAACAACAUCACACCAAUUUUAGGGUUCUCUCAAAGCUUCUUUCAUCGGAAUUCGGAACCGAUCUUAAAAUGGCGACAAGCGACAAACAAAGCAGCCCAAAGCCUCCACCUUCGCCUUCACCUCUCCGCAAUUCCAAGUUUUUUCAGUCGAAUAUGAGGAUCUUGAUCUCAGGAGGAGCUGGAUUCAUUGGCUCUCACCUUGUUGAUAAGCUCAUGGAGAACGAAAAGAAUGAGGUGGUUGUUGCUGAUAACUAUUUCACUGGUUCAAAGGACAACCUCAAGAAGUGGAUUGGUCAUCCGAGAUUUGAGCUUAUUCGUCAUGAUGUCACGGAGCCGUUGUUGAUCGAGGUUGAUCAGAUUUACCAUCUUGCAUGUCCUGCAUCUCCCAUUUUCUACAAGUACAACCCUGUGAAGACGAUCAAGACCAAUGUGAUCGGUACACUCAACAUGCUAGGUCUUGCCAAGCGUGUGGGAGCAAGGAUUCUGCUAACCUCAACCUCGGAGGUGUAUGGAGAUCCUCUCAUCCAUCCCCAGCCUGAGAGCUAUUGGGGAAAUGUCAACCCAAUUGGGGUUAGGAGCUGUUACGAUGAAGGCAAGCGUGUAGCUGAGACCUUGAUGUUUGACUACCACAGGCAGCAUGGAAUUGAGAUCCGCAUUGCCAGAAUCUUCAACACAUACGGUCCACGCAUGAACAUAGAUGAUGGGCGUGUUGUAAGCAACUUCAUUGCUCAAGCACUCCGGGGUGAGGCAUUGACUGUUCAGAAACCGGGGACGCAGACUCGCAGUUUCUGCUAUGUAUCUGACAUGGUUGAUGGACUAAUGCGCCUCAUGGAAGGUGAUGACACUGGUCCCAUCAACAUCGGUAACCCAGGUGAGUUCACAAUGGUGGAACUGGCUGAGACAGUGAAGGAGCUGAUAAACCCGAGCAUAGAGAUAAAGAUGGUUGAGAACACACCGGAUGAUCCAAGACAGAGGAAGCCGGACAUCACAAAGGCUAAAGAAGUGUUGGGAUGGGAGCCGAAGGUGAAGCUCCGUGAAGGUCUUCCUCUCAUGGAAGAAGACUUCAGGCAAAGGCUUGGAGUUCCCAAGAACAAAUAA